AGUGAUCUGAGAGGAGGAGGAUCAUGAGUUCUGGAGCUGAAGAGAAAGUGGUGUGCGUGACUGGAGCUUCGGGAUACAUAGCAUCAUGGCUCGUGAAGCACUUGCUCCGACGUGGCUAUACCGUCAAAGCUACAGUUCGAGACCCAAAUGAUCCGAAGAAAACAGAGCAUUUACUUUCAUUUGAUGGAGCUAAAGAGAAACUUAAGCUAUUCAAAGCAAAUUUAGUGGAAGAAGGGUCUUUUGAUUCUGUAGUUGAUGGAUGCCAAGGUGUUUUUCAUACAGCAUCCCCCGCUUUUCUUUCAGCCAAUGACCCACAGUCAGAAAUAAUUGAUCCAGCAGUGAAGGGAACACUUAACGUUCUUAGAUCCUGUGCAAAAGUUGCUUCUAUCAAGAGAGUGAUUGUAACUUCUUCUAUGGCUUCAGUUCUCUACAAAAGAAAACCUCUGGACUCUGAUGUGGUUGUUGACGAGACUUGGUUUUCAGAUCCAGCUAUUUGUGAGGAGUUGAAGCUCUGGUAUCAGCUCUCAAAAACCUUAGCUGAGGAGGCUGCUUGGAAAUUUGUUGAAGAGGGUGGAAUAGAUUUGGUUACAAUGCAUCCAGGCUUUGUUCUUGGUCCACUCAUACAGCCAACUCCUGUUUCUAGCAUUGAGGCUUUUAUAAAGCUCAUGAAUGGAAUUCAAACAUUUCCUAGUGGGAUUUAUAGAUUUGUUGAUGUUAGAGAUGUUGUUGAUGCACAUAUUCAGGCAUUUGAGACUCCUGCUGCUAGUGGCAGAUACUGUUUAGUUGGCGAUAUUAAACACCAUUCUGAGGUUUUCAAGAUAGUGCACAAACUCUACCCCAGUUUGCACCUGCCUGAAAAAUGGGAAGAUGACAAGACUCUGAUACCACUGGAGAAGAUAUCCCAAGACAAAGCCAAAAGUUUGGGUAUUAGCUUCAUUCCUUUUGAAGUGAGUCUUAGGGACACCAUUGAAAGCUUGAAGGAAAAUGGCAUCCUCACUGUUUGAAUUAUGUCCUUAAUAUGGAGUAAUGCAAAUAAGCACAGUCUGUUCAUGUCUGUGGUUUCUUUUUUUCUCAGCCUUCUGAACUUCAUUUUUGCUGGGGUUUGCUGGUCUUGAAGUGUUUUCAAUGAUGAAUUUCGCUCCCAAAUUGCUUACCUACCAUAUGGUAAGAUUCUUGGCACAAAACAUCAAUGAGCUGGGUGUGACUGAAACCUGUGUCUGGGAAAUGGUGUUGCAUUUGCAUUCGUUUUUGUUUUCGACCAAUACAGUGGAACAGUUAUGGAACUCAGGGAGAAAUCUCGGCCUAAGAGUUGAACAUUUAAGUUUCUUAACAAAGAAAAAGUUCUAAAAUCUGUCACAACCCCAGACCAGACCGAGUUCUCUGGCCCAAGAACAACACUUGGGAGCAAAUUGAAGUCCAAACUUCCAAAUCUGAUGUAGGGGAGCUU